CCACCAGUCCACCAAGAUUGUCUCCGAGUUAAGAGCCAAAAACAAUAGUAAAUAUAGAGCUGCGUGCCUCUUAAUAUUUACCAUGUAGUUUACUAUACAGUAUAUGAAUAUCUUCAUCCUGAGCUAUAAGGCACUGAUGGUAAAUGUACGGUAAUUUUAGUGUCUGUAGGGUAAACUGCAAAGAAGCGUUCAUGGCUUGGCAACAGUGAGCAUUGCAGCAUUUGCAGGCACUCACAAUUCUUGGCAGGUUGCCGUGGUUUGUUUUGAGGACAAACACGGCCGGUGAAUCAGUGUCGUAGGAAAUUAAGGUUAAGGUGAAGGUUUUCAUUUAACUUAAUUUAUUUCUAAACCGCUCUAAACACUGGUCGUGUGAAGCGAACCCUUGUGUGUGUGUGCCAUACGAGUCUUGCAGAACAUCAACACAACCUUCAAGACAACCACCACCAGCCAGUGCCUUGCUGCAGUGUCAAGGAAAGAAAUAACGAGGAGGAUUUACAUAACAUGAAACCUCCAGAAUGGUGCAGCUUCCUGGUGCUCCCCAUCUUGCUUGUUACUGCCAGUCAAGAAGAGUACACUGAUGUCUUGCCCACGCCUGAUGUAAUGAAAGCAGCAGUAGAGAGCCUUCUCACCCGCCUCUUACAUCACAGAGGCAGGGACUUCACUGUGGAGAUAGAAGGACUAACAGAGGGAAAAGAUUACUUUAAGGUAAAGGUGCAUGGAGAAGGUGUGGAGGGGCAACCAGUGCGGGUGUGGGCAGGGACAGGUGUGGCAGCAGCCUUGGGUGUGAUGACAUAUCUCAAGUAUCUGUGUAAUGCCUCGGUCUCCUGGGAAGCCAACCAACUGUCAAACUUACCUGAUGUGUGGCCUGAGGGAACUGUUGAAAGUCAGCUGCUGGACCGGUACCGGUACUACAGCAACCCAUGUGUCUUCUCUUACUCUUAUGCCUUUUGGUCUUGGGAGCGCUGGGAGAAGGAGAUUGACUUGAUGGCUCUGAUGGGUAUUAAUUUGGCAUUAGCACUUAAUGGUGAGGAAGCAAUCUGGAGGGAAGUAUAUAGAGACCUUGGCUUAACUGAGAAGGAACUGGAAGAACACUUUGCAGGAUAUGCUUUUCUUGCUUGGGGCAGAAUGGGGAAUCUUGAGAGGUGGGGUGGGCCUCUUUCCAUCUACUGGCAAGAAGAAAAACUUAAACUUCAGAAGAGGAUUGUGGCACGAAUGAGGGAAUUGGGAAUGCUUACUGUGCUUCCUGGAUUCUCAGGCCAUGUGCCUAAGGGGAUAUUAAGAGUUUUUCCCACUGCAAACAUUACAAGACUGCAUGCAUGGGGCCAUUUUUCUGAACCAUAUACAAGGACCUAUUUUUUAAACCCUCAAGAUCCAUUGUUUGAGAAAAUUGCAGAGGCUUUCAUUAAAAAGAUAACAAGGGAAUUGGGAUCAGACCACUUUUACCUUGUGGACCCUUUCAAUGAAAUGAAUCCUGUUUCAUCAGACCUGACCUACCUGGAAGGUGUUAGCCAGGCCAUUUAUGGAGCACUUCAGAAAGGUGAUCCUGAGGCAGUGUGGGUGACUCAAGGUUGGAUGUUUUAUAGUGAUAGUGGCUUUUGGCAAAAACCUCAAGCAAGGGCAUACCUCACUGCGGUCCCUCAGGGCAAGAUGUUAGUCCUUGAUUUGGUAGCUGAAGUUUCUCCACAAUAUGGACGUCUGGAGAGCUACUUUGGCCAGCCUUUCAUUUUCUGCUUGCUUAAUAACUAUGGGGGAGUGAGAGGCAUCUUUGGUAAUGCAAAUGUUCUUCUGAAGAACCUUGCCGAUGCCCGACAGUUCCCCAAUUCAACCUUGGUUGGGACGGGCAUGACUCCAGAAGGCAUUGGCUCAAAUUAUGUUAUUUUUGAUCUCCUGUCUGAAAUGUCAUGGAGAAGUCACAUGAGGGAUAUUCGAGAAUGGGCUGUUCAGUACUCCAGGAGGAGAUAUGGUAUUCAAGAUGAAAAUUUGGAGGAUGCUUGGAAGCUUCUUAUGUCAAGCAUCUAUAACUGCUCAGAGCCAGUAAGGUACCACGGGAAAUACACCCCGUUGAUGUUGCGGCCCAGACUUAAUCCAAAGACUAAGAUGUGGUAUUAUCUAAAGGAUUUUGUAAGGGCAUGGGACCUCCUCAUUGGCACAGCAAAGGAGCAAAUGAGACGUCAGAAUAACCAGGAGUCUAGACUGGUUAACACGAUCAUGAAGCCAACUGAAGCGUCAUUGAGAGGUAGAAUCAUUGGAGUGCCUUGUAAAAGAAAUGAGGACCAAAGAGAAUCAGAAAUGUGCAAAUUUCUAAAGAAGGAAUACUUCAAAAGUUUGAUAAGUACAAAUGGAGAAAUUAAUAGAGGAGUACAUCUGCUUGAAGAAGAGACAUUGAAGUAUGAUCUUGUGGAAGUUACAAGAGAAUUAAUGCAGUUGGCUGCUGUGGAUGUAAUCAAAACUCUCAUCAGGAGUUACAGAAAACGAGAUAUUACAGCAAUUGAGGACAGCAGCAAUCAACUCCAGGAACUCAUAAGUGAUAUGAACAUGAUACUGGGAAGUAAUUCUAACUACCUGUUGGGAAGCUGGGUUCAGAGUGCAUUGAACUGGUCCAAUGAUACCCAGGAACACACUCUGGUGAGAAGAAACUCCUUGUACCAGAUAAGCCUGUGGGGUCCCAAUGGUGAAAUCUUGGACUAUGCAGUUAAGCAGUGGAAUGGCGUUAUGGAGAGGUAUGUGGCACCUCGGUGGAGUGCAUUCAGUGAAGCCCUCUUGAAAGCAGUCAAGAGUGAUGUUGCAGUGGAUAUGGCAAAAUUUAAGGCCACUGUAUUUGAAGCUGUAGAGAAACCCUUUGCUGAAGAUCUAGAUACGUUCUAUCCUUCUUCUCCAAUAGGUGACUCUGUCAAGCUUGCUGUCAGGAUGCAUGAAAAAUACCGACCAUUGUUCACUCGAAGGAAACUAAUGAAGCAAUACAUGAAAUUACGUGCGGAGUUCGAAGAGCCAAGAAUGAGGAGAGGAUGAUUAAGAAAUACCAAUGCAAGGCUGCAUAGAUUUUUAUAUAUUUAAAUUUUUUUUUAACAAUAUGGUCUUAUCACGGGAAUUUACUGGCUAAAGGAGGUAUUUUUGGAUAGCUCCUAUCUGAGAGCCCAUCCGUUAGGGAACCAUUACUCAGUGUAAGGAAGCCUUUCCUACACUUGGACUGUGGCCAGGACUUGAACCUGUGUGCUUCAGGAACCCAUGGCCCCCAAAGCAUGUGUGGCUCUACUGUACCAUGGUGGCCCUUUAUGCAGGAUACAGGCUAGUAACUAUGAAUGUCUGUUAUUUUGUAGGAUACAAGCCUCUAAGAAGGCAGAAUAAAAGGUUAUUGUUAUGGUUGGGAUUAAACAGAAUAGGCAGGCACCAGCCAGAUUGAACCUGGGACCUUCCACUUGCUGAAUGGACUUGCUAUCUGUUACACCAUGGUUGCCUCUUGAUGACAAUUUUCACAGUUUUCAUGAUUGGUUGGCUCCUUAAAGGUAUGUAGUGGAAGAGCUUCAUAAGAAAAAGCCAUUUGUAAAAUAUGAUGCUCAAAAAAAAAAAAAAAAAGGCCAAAUUACAGAGAACUUGGUUUAUUGGUGGAAGGGAAAGUGUGUAUGUACUAAAUGGGGGCUAAUACUGGCUUAUUCUUGAGCUAUUAAGAUUGACAUGAUAGAGUUGAAAAUGAGCAGUAAGGGAAACCACACACUGAGGGUAUAGGAAGAUAUGGGUGUGUGGAAUGGCAGAAUCACUAAGGCAAACCAAAAUUGCUUGAGUCUUGGUGAUCACUUUUUGUCUGACCAGUAGCAUGUCAUGCUUCCAUAUUUACAGUGAGUGUUGUGCCAGGAGUUCCUUCCUAUUGACACUUGGCAUUGCUCUUCAUCACUCUUCCUCUCAGUGAGCUGGUCACACUGCAGAAAUACAUAUAGGAAUUGUGAUCACAACUCUAUGGCAUUUAAGAUGUGCCACAUUAUGUCACUGUGCCUAACAUUCUUCAGAAAAACAAGAUUUCUUCUGUAGACCAAAUGAUAGUGCCAUCCUGGCUUAUUUGAAAUUAUUAUUUCUCUUUACUUUAUUUCAGUUGGCAGUCCACCAUGUUUGUUUUCCUCUGGUUUGAAAGAAGAGUAUAAUAUUAUUGUAACAAUUUUGUUAUUAUUUUGAAAUUCAUUGGUAUAACUUGGUGUGGAUUUUAUACAUAUUCACAUUUGCAUUAGGAAGAUGUUUCCUUUGACACGUGUCAUGAACCUAGGGGUCAGCACCCAGGGAAUUAAUUGUGUUGAAAGUUCCAACACAAUUGGAACAGACAUCCCGACAACAGUCGUUACCAACACCAGUGAGUGGCAUGAAAAUCAAAUACUGUGGAUGAGUAUGUCUUUGAUAUCAUACAUGUAUGUUCUCAAAACAUCAUCAACAUUGCACAAAUGUUACAUUUCUGUUGUAAGUAAAAGUAUAUCUGUACUGACAGUCAACAAUAGUCCCAUAUUAAUAAAGGCAAUAUGUACUAUAUCAUAGUAAAGGGCUUUACCAUAAUGUCAAA